AUGCGUGGCUCUAUUUUGGCAUGGUAUGUGGCAAUUUGGACGCAACGCGUUGCACCUCGACGAAAUCGAGCCUCAGCCGUUGUGUUUCAUAGUGCGGCAAGCAGGAACACGGGGACGCAGAAGGAUAGGAAACCUCGAGUUUGCGGCCCGGACAGUAGUGCGGAACGUUGUAGCAUCGGCUUUCAUCGCAGCCGGGCCGGAUGCCGCCGCUACCACGGAAUUAUACUUGUCUGCCGCGUAAUUGCCGAGAUUAAUUAUGUGCGAGAUGAAAUUCUUGGUCGCCUGUCGAUAGCAAAUGCAAGACUGACACGUAAGAAAGAAGAAGAAGAAGAGAAAACAGAAAAUAGCAGAAGCGCUGCUGUCUCUCGUGUUCACAAAAAUGGGACGUAUGGCGUAACCGGAAGUACGGUGGAUCCGUGGUUAACUGCACGAGACAAGUCAGAAGAGAAAUAA